AUGAAGGCUAAAAUAGUAAAAGAUAUAUUAUUGAUUGGUCAUUCGUUCAUUUAUUUGGCUGCACUAACCUCGCUCUACUGGCAGAUACCAGGGCUUUAUGGAGAAAAAGGACUGAUCCCAGUGGCAUCGAAAUUUUCUUGUGAUAAAUCAUCAUGUCAUUCAUAUCAAAAUGGCGUGAAUAUUUUGCCAAUUGUAAUAAACUUUUUCUGCAUAGCACCAUCCUAUGCUUUACAAGUUGGCGAUGUAUUUCUUCAGUUCCAGUGGGAUAGUCUUCUUAUAGAGUCUGGAGCAUUGUGCAUUCUCAUAGCUCCGUUGCCAUUCGUGGGAUCUUCACCAGCAGAUAAUAUUUCGUUGUACCUGAUGCGCUGGUUGGUGUUCCGGCUUAUGUACUCAUCGGGCGUGGUCAAACUCACUAGCCAUUGUCCUCUUUGGUGGGAUCUCGCAGCUACAAAGGGCAUAUAUCCACGAUUUGAGCGUUCGUUGACAUUUUUGGGAACACUGAUAUCAGCUAUUUUUAUAAUAUCAAGCCUAUGUUUUUUCGUCUACUAUUUUAAUGUUGGUAUUGAUGGAUUUAAAAUAGCGUCCUCAAUCGCAUUCACUAUGCAACAGUUUGACGAAUUUGUUGAAAAAUCGACUAUUUGGUUAUUAUACAUUGGAGUCAUUGGCUUCUUCGCUGAAGUUAUUGCUGCAGUACUAAGGUACUUCACCGAAAUUCAUGAAUCAAAAUUACUUUCAUUACUCCAUCUGGUUUAUGUAAUCAUCGUUGCAACUUUCUUCUUUUCAAUCAGUACCGUAUCAUUCGUUGUCAUAAGUAAUCAAUCACAGUCACAGAUUCCUACUAUAGUGAAGUAUAUGCAUCAUUAUUCGAAAUCCUACGGACUGACUCAUUCAUACGGUUUAUUCAGAAGGAUGACUGGUUUGCAUGGUCGACCGGAAAUAAUCUUAGAAGGUUCUUAUGAACUGAAUGGUUCUUGGACUAUGUUUGAUUUCUAUUCAAAGCCUGGGAAACUCGAUGAAAGACCGCGAUUCGUAUUGCCGCAUCAGCCGCGUUUAGAUUGGCAAAUGUGGUUUGCCGCUUUAGGAACGUAUCAUAAUAAUGCAUUCUUUCUUUCUCUUGCUUAUCAUUUGUUAAGAAAUAAUUCAGAAGUUACUUACCUCAUGAAGAAAUAUCCAUUUGAAGCGAAACUUCCGAAUUUUAUUCGAGCAGAUCUUUAUCUUUAUCAUUACACCAAGAUCAGUUUGAAGGAUGAAUGGCCUAAGGACUAUUGGCGACGUGAUUUCCAGCAAAAAUACCUACCAACAAUUACUCGCGAAGACACAAAAUUAUCCGACUAUUUGCACGAAAAUGGCUUCGUCCUUAAAAAACAGUUUACAUUGAAAAACCAGAAUUUUGACUUGGAAAACAAAUUACAAACUCUACAUGGUUUUGUUCGAACACUCAAUCCGACUACAUUUGUUGAUUCAGUCAUUGUUGCCCAUGUAGUUUUAUUUGUAGCACAUAUCAAAUUCAAAAAAGUUACAAUUGUACAAUGA